AGUAGCACCGCUGGCCCUGGCUCUGGAAGUAGCCCUGGCUCUGGAAGUAGCCCUGGCUCUGGAAGUAGCCCUGGUUCUGGAAGUAGCCCUGGCUCUGGAAGUAGCCCUGGCUCUGGAAGUAGCCCUGGUUCUGGAAGUAGCACUGCUGGCCCUGGCUCUGGAAGUAGCCCUGGCUCUGGAAGUAGCACCGCUGGCCCUGGCUCUGGAAGUAGCCCUGGCUCUGGAAGUAGCACCGCUGGCCCUGGCUCUGGAAGUAGCACCGCUGGCCCUGGCUCUGGAAGUAGCCCUGGCUCUGGAAGUAGCACCGCUGGCCCUGGCUCUGGAAGUAGCCCUGGCUCUGGAAGUAGCACCGCUGGCCCUGGCUCUGGAAGUAGCCCUGGCUCUGGAAGUAGCACCGCUGGCUCUGGAAGUAGUUCUUCUGGAGGUAGCUCCACAAACUCUCAAACCACAUUACCUGGAGGAUCAACAGCAACUGCCCAAAGCAGUCCUAAUGGAAACGAUACCAGUACUACUGGUCCAGAUCAGACUACCCCUCAAUGUCCAAAUGAUGAAGAAUAUAACUCAUGCGGUCCAUACUGCGAAAAGUCUUGCUCUAAUUACAAUGAGAGUAUUAACUGUCCCACGCUUUGUGUCGCUGGCUGUUUCUGCCAAUUUGGCCUCGUAAGAGCUAAUGAUGGCAGGUGCGUCAAGCCUGAAGAAUGCACUCCGAACCCUAUCCCAGAGUGUCCGGUGAACCAGAAAUAUUCACCGUGUACACUGACAAAAUGCUACCAGACUUGCGACGACGUCAUCAAUGAGUCUGACUGUCCCGAGGUGCCUCCCAACUGUAGGAGACCAGGGUGCGUCUGUGUCGAUGGAUAUGUGAAGUCACGCAACGGAUCUUGUGUUCCUGCUGAUAAGUGUCCUCCAAACCCCGGACCGAAAUGUUUGACCAAUGAACAGUACACCAACUGUACACUCGCAAAGUGUAAACAGACUUGCGACAAUGUGGUCUUCAAAUCCGACUGCCCGAUCGUACCGUCCAACUGUAGUCGCCCUGGCUGCGAGUGUAUCGACGGAUAUGCAAGGGCUAGGAAUGGCACUUGCAUCAAAAACGAAAAUUGUCCUACACCACCACCACCGGUGUGCCCAACCAACGAAGUCUACUCCAACUGCACAGCCACAAAAUGCUACAAGAACUGUUACGAGCUGCUCACAACACCCACUUGCCCUCCUGUACCUGACCCGUGCAAUAAACCUGGCUGUGUUUGCAUCAAUGACUAUUUACGAGCUCCGAAUGGCACCUGCGUACCUCGGGCUGACUGUCCCCCGGACCCGAUACCUCAAUGCGAUGACGAUGAAGAGUACACUAACUGCACUACUUCAAAGUGCUUGAAGACUUGUGACGAUCUCCUGAAACAGCCGACCUGCGCGACGCCUCCCGCCAACUGCUCCAGGCCAGGGUGUGUGUGUGCCAAGGACACGGUCAGGGCGAGAAACGGAACCUGUGUGCCGGUUGAUCAAUGUCCACCUCCACCAAAGCCACAAUGCCCAAGGAAUGAAAUACUAUCCAACUGCACGUUAAACAAAUGCUACAAAACUUGCUCAGACUUGAAGAAAAAGCCCCUAUGUCCCACUGCCCCGACAGAGUGUCAGAAACGGGGUUGCAUUUGCAAAGACGACUGGUUGAGAGCGAAAAAUGGAACUUGUAUACCACAGGAUCAGUGCGAUCCUCUACCUCCUGGAUCAUCAACAACGGUUUCAAGUUCACCUUCUACUGACGCAAAUGGAUCUACAUUAAGCCCGUCAACUGCAUCUAAUACCUCUGAUGGAUCAACUACACCAUCCGGUGGCUCUACAGCAUCCGGUGGAUCUACAGCAUCCGGUGGCUCUACAGCAUCCGGUGGCUCUACAGCUCCUGGCGGAUCAACUACAGCAUCCGGUGGAUCUACAGCAUCCGGUGGAUCUACAGCAUCCGGUGGAUCUACAGCAUCCGGUGGCUCUACAGCAUCCGGUGGCUCUACAGCAUCCGGUGGCUCUACAGCUCCUGGCGGAUCAACUACAGCAUCCGGUGGAUCUACAGCAUCCGGUGGAUCUACAGCUCCUGGUGGAUCAACUACAGCAUCCGGUGGAUCUACAGCAUCCGGUGGAUCUACAGCAUCCGGUGGAUCUACAGCAUCCGGUGGAUCUACAGCAUCCGGUGGAUCUACAGCUCCUGGUGGCUCUACAGCAUCCGGUGGCUCUACAGCUCCUAGUGGAUCGACAGCAUCCGGUGGCUCUACAGCUCCUGGUGGCUCUACAGCAUCCGGUGGAUCAACUACAGCAUCCGGUGGAUCUACAGCAUCCAGUGGAUCUACAGCAUCCGGUGGAUCUACAGCUCCUGGUGGCUCUACAGCAUCCGGUGGCUCUACAGCUCCUGGUGGCUCUACAGCAUCCGGUGGCUCUACAGCUCCUGGUGGAUCGACAGCAUCCGGUGGCUCUACAGCUCCUGGUGGCUCUACAGCAUCCGGUGGAUCUACAGCUCCUGGUGGAUCAAGUACACCAUCUGGUGGCUCUACAGCAUCCGGUGGCUCUACAGCUCCUGGUGGCUCUACAGCAUCCGGUGGAUCUACAACAUCCGGUGGAUCUACAGCAUCCGGUGGAUCUACAGCAUCCGGUGGCUCUACAGCUCCUGGUGGAUCGACAGCAUCCGGUGGCUCUACAGCUCCUGGUGGCUCUACAGCAUCCGGUGGAUCAACUACAGCAUCCGGUGGAUCUACAGCAUCCGGUGGAUCUACAGCAUCCGGUGGAUCUACAGCAUCCGGUGGAUCUACAGCUCCUGGUGGCUCUACAGCAUCCGGUGGCUCUACAGCAUCCGGUGGAUCUACAGCUCCUGGUGGCUCUACAGCAUCCGGUGGCUCUACAGCAUCCGGUGGAUCAACUACAGCAUCCGGUGGAUCUACAGCAUCCGGUGGCUCUACAGCAUCCGGUGGCUCUACAGCAUCUGGUGGAUCUAGCCCAUCCAAUGGCAGUUCAAUCCCAACUGGCAGCACAUCUACUUUAACAACAACGUCUGCCGGCUCAUCACAAACCACUCCAAAAGAUAUAACGGGAUCCACCCCACCGCCUAGCGGGCCUUGCGGGAAAAAUGAGAUCUUCAAAAAAUGCAAAACAUUAUGCCCUCCACAGACUUGCGAUUCUUUGUAUACUUUGUACAAGUGCAGCAAUAGAUCCACUUGUAUACCCGGCUGUGAUUGCAAGAAGAAUUUCUUAAGGAACGGAACAGCUGAUGAUGCCUGCAUACCUGCUUCUACUUGUCCUAAACCUCCACCAAUCGUAUGCGGCGAGAACGAAACCUACGUAGAGAACACCAUAGUCACGCAAAGGACCUGUGAGAACCGAGCUAGUACCAAGAAGUGUUCGUGUGAACGCAUCACGGGCUGCAUCUGCAACCAGGGGUACUUGCGGACGAACGACGGACGAUGCGUGUUGCCAGAAAGUUGUCCGGUGCCAGUUUGCGGUCUCAACGAAGAGCCGAGUGACUGCAUCAAGAUUUGCGCCAAGACGUGCAAGACUCGCUUCAGGUCCGACGGCCGCGUGUGUCGCAACGACGUCUGCAAGCAAGGGUGCAAGUGUAUCGAGGGGUACUUGAGACACGACAAUGGAUCUUGCGUGCCUACGUAUGAGUGUUCUGCACCAAUCUGCAACAGCGACGAGAACCACCAAGUCUGCGGGCCCUCCUGUGAGACGACCUGUGCGACUAUCAACGGCACUUGCAGCAACAAGGCCUGUCCGAAGCGAUGUGUCGACGGCUGCUUCUGCAAGCCUGGGCUGGUGCGAUCGGAGGAUGGAGUCACUUGUGUGAAGCCGGAGAAUUGUGGUAAACUACAAUGCAUUGGACCUAACGAACACUACGAGAGAUGUCCUAGCGUUUGCCCGCCACAGACUUGCAAGGCGCAACUGGCUAAAUACGACUGUUCCAAAUUCAAAAAAUGCUGUCGCCCCAGCUGUCGAUGUGAUAAGGGAUACUUGAGAGACGAGAAAGGAGUCUGCAUACCGUCCAAGGAAUGUAGUAAGGUUUGAGCAAAGAGGUCGAGUAGCUGUAAUUGAUUCUGUUUUGUUUAUUUUGUUUAUUGUAUUGGCUGAAUAAAAUGUAAUGUUCGAAAUUUAAAA